AUAUUUUCAUUUAAUUUGUGCAAAACCCUAAACUACCCUCACCUAAGCAAGAAAGAUGACAAUUGCAUUAGUACUAUCAUCCUCAGCCGCCCCAAAGACCUUACUACCCACACUAGUGAUCGGAGCCACCGGAUUUAUCGGUCAGUUCGUGGCGGAGGCCAGUCUUGACGGUGGAUGGCCGACCUAUAUUCUCCUUCGUGCACCCGCUGCUAAUUCUUCUUCUUCUAAGGCCAAAGCUACUAAGAGCCUUCAAGAAAAAGGAGCCAUCAUCAUUUACGGUGACAUGAAAGAUCAAAAACUUGUGGAGAAAAUACUCAAGGAUCAUAAGAUAGGUAUAGUCAUCUCUGUUGUUGGUGGUGAAGGAAUAUUAGACCAGAUUACCCUCAUUCAAGCCAUCAAAUCUGUCGGAACAAUUAAGAGGUUUCUUCCAUCAGAAUUUGGACAUGAUGUGGACCGGACAGAUCCAGUUGAACCGGGUCUAAACAUGUACAAGGAAAAACGGUUGGUGCGCCGGUUCACGGAGGAAUCCGGCAUUCCGUACACCUACAUCUGUUGCAAUUCCGUCGCCUCUUGGCCGUACUACGAUAAUACCCACCCAUCUGAAGUUCUCCCGCCGUUGGAUCGUUUCCAUAUCUACGGCGACGGCACGGUCAAAGCAUAUUUUGUGGCCGGCGCCGACAUCGGAAAGUACACAAUGAAGACGGUUGACGACGGUCGGACGAUAAACAAAUUGGUUCAUUUUAGGCCGACUUGUAAUUACCUUAACGUGAACGAAUUGGCUUCUCUUUGGGAGAAGAAGAUUCAACGUGUUCUUCCUAGAAUUACUGUUUCUGAAAACGACUUGUUAUCAGCCGCCGCAGAGAACAUAAUACCAGAGAGUAUAGUGGCAUCAUUCACUCAUGAUAUAUUCAUUAAUGGGUGUCAAAUCAAAUUUGGUAUUGAUGGGCCGAAUGAGGUGGAAGUGACGACCCUAUAUCCAGAAGAGUGUUUUAAGACAGUUGAUGAUUGUUUUACUGAAUUUGCUUCAAAGAUUCCAAACCAUGAAAAUGGAAAGGAGGUUAUGAUGAUCAAAGAAGAGAUCAUUGUAGAGAAGGAGGAGAAGAUGAUGAAGAAGGAGAAGGGUGGGGGUGAUGUUCAGAUUUCACACCAGAAUGAACAUGUUGUUGAAGCUGCUCUACCUAUUUCUAUGUGUGCUUAAUUAGUGUUAUCUAAUUACUGUUUUUAUUAUUAUCCAUAUUAUUUCUAUGAAUAAAAUAAUCAAUUGUUUGCU